AAUUCUGAAACAUAUAUCAAAAAGUUUUUUUCUUUUUUUGGAAACUCCUGUCUCAGAGCAAUGGAAGAAAAUCAAGAACGAAAUCCUCUCCCCUACGAUCUGAUAAUUCUGGGAGCUUCAGGCUACACAGGCAAGUACGUAGUGAAAGAAGCCCUCAGAUUCCUCGAUCACCCACCACUGAAGACCCUAGCCCUAGCUGGGCGCAACCCCACUAAACUGACACAAACCCUUAGAUGGGCCUCACACCCCAACCCCCCACUCCGCAUUCCCGUCCUCACCUUCAACACCUCCGACGCCCAAUCCCUUCUUUCCCUUUGCCAACAAACCAAGCUUGUGCUCAAUUGCGUCGGACCGUUCCGCCUCUACGGCGAGCCCGUAGUGGCCGCCUGCGUUGAGACUGGGUGUGAUUAUUUGGACAUAUGUGGGGAGCCCGAGUUCAUGGAGCGGAUGGAGGCCAAGUACGGCGAGAAGGCGGCGGAGAAGGGUUCUUUGAUCAUUUCGGCAUGUGGGUUCGAUUCAGUUCCAGCUGAAUUGGGCUUGAUGUUCAACUCGAGGCAGUGGGUGGAGCCGGCAGUGCCGAAUCGGGUUGAGGCGUAUCUGAGCUUGGAGUCUGAGAAGAGGAUUGCGGGGAAUUUUGGGACGUAUGAGUCGGCAGUGCUGGGCGUGGCCAAUGCGGAGAGUUUGCAGGAGCUGAGGCGGUCGAGGCCGAGAAGAGCUAGACCGGUGAUUCCUGGUCCUACACCUCCUAAAGGACCUCUUAUAGAGUAUCAGAAAAAGAUUGGGGUUUGGGCCGUAAAGCUACCUUCAGCAGAUUCUAUUGUUGUUCGAAGAACACUGGCAUCUCUGACAGAAAACCCCGGUGGACUUCCAGGAGUUAAUGAGAGUGUUGAACAGAUUGAGAAGAGGGAGGCCUUCUGGUCAACUGUGAAGCCAGCUUAUUUUGGGGUGAAGAUAGGCUCCAAAUCUGUACUGGGAGUCUUGCGAUUCAUCACUGUUGGGGUGAUUAUGGGGCUUCUGGGUAAAACUGCUGUUGGAAGGUGGCUUCUCUUAAACUUUCCCGCAAUUUUCAGCCUUGGAUGGUUCAGGAAGAAGGGUCCCUCUGAUGAUGAGGUCAGAAGUGCUUCUUUUAAGAUGUGGUUUGUCGGGCAUGGUUUUAGCAACGGUAGUCUUGCUUCUCAGGGAAACAGGAAACCUGAUAUGGAAAUAAUAACAAGAGUAAUGGGACCCGAGAUUGGCUAUCUGACCACCCCAAUAAUCCUCCUUCAGUGUGCGCUUAUCCUUCUGAGCCAGCGAGAAAACCUACCAAGGGGAGGGGUAUUGACUCCAGGAAUUGUAUUUGGCCCAACCGAUCUCCAAGAAAGACUUCAAGAGAACGGAAUAUCUUUUGAUGUCAUUUCGAAGACUGCUCUUUCUCAGUGAGUCGUGUGAACGCAAGCCCAUAAUAUGCCAGAAAAUUGCGUUCAUUUUCCCCUUUUAUGUGGCUCUGCUCAUUUGUGCUCGUGUCGUGUAAGAGCUACAAUAUGGUUUGCAUCUUUGUAUAUAAUCUGAUAAUUUUUAUUUUAUUUUAUUGUUUUUAUCGGAUCUGGAUGCUGCAAUGAGGGUUUAUAUCUUUUGAAUCCAAUCUGGAUUUGGAAUGGAAUGAGUGCUUUGUAAGAA